AUGAAUAGAAAUAAAUCAACAUAUAAUGGCGGUGGCGGAAAGGAUAGAUAUACAGAUGAUAAUGGUGAUGAUGAUGACGCUGGUAACAGCGCGAGUAAUGUAGAUUUGGAGAAUCAAUCAUUGUUGCUGCAUCCGGUGAAUCGUGCGCCAGAUGAUAUAGACGAUCUUGAAGCGACCGCCAUAAACAUGCGUCUGCGCAGUCGCUCAUUGCUAAGCUUGAUGCGUAUCUUUACCAUAGUAUUGGUGGUCGGCUACUUUGUCUCGGUGACCACCUUGUUCUUUGUUGGCAAUAGGAUUGUCUUCUAUCCCAAUCCACUGAACGAUGGCAACUCCACAGACUCGAGUGGCGCGCCGUCGCCCAUCCCACCCUCCAUGCUGGAUCGCUUCAACUUCAAGUACUUCUUCUACUUCUCCACGUUUGACCUGCUCCUGCUGUGCUUCCUGCUGGUGAUCUUCUGGGUGGUGACCCUGGUCAACAGCACGCACACCUACGCCAUGGUCACAUACAUACUGACGGGCACCGGACUGGUGUACGUCUUGAUCAAGAUGCCCUUUGCCGUGUCAAUGCUGACACAGGACGUUGCCAAUAUCAGCCGCACCCUACUGCCAAUCAACUCGCCCAUCUACACGAAUGGGGACAUCCGUGAGAUGACGAUCAUCACCAACGCACUGUCACUUGGCCUGCUUGUAAUAUACAUGGGUGUCAAUGUCUACCCACUCAUCGUUGGCUACGCCGACCACAAGGUGCAAGUGGCAAAGGAGCGCAAGACACUCCAAGAGGCAGAGGAACAGGCAUCCUCAGAGAACCGCAACUUCAAACGCUCGACCACCGUGAGCAACUCGAAUGCUCGACGUCUGGCCGCACUGUCAAAGCCGGAGCUGCCCCUUAUCAUGGCCGGUAUGGUGGCGCUGCUCUUUGCGUCGUUCAGCUCUCUCGCAAUGCCCGCCUUCUUUGGCCAGAUCGUGCAGGUCGUCUCGACGUCCAAGAACAUCAACGCACUCAACAACACUACAUUGGCACUGGUCGUGAUCUUUGUGAUGGGCAGCAUCAGCACAAUGAUCCGUCAAUGGCUAUUCACACUGGCUGGUCAACGAUUCGUCGCGCGCAUGCGAAAGGAUCUCUUCUCAGCCAUCAUCAAGCAGGACAUUGCCUUCUUUGACCAGAGCAGAACUGGUGAGUUGGUCAACCGUCUCGCAUCCGACACUCAAGUGCUCCAAAACACCGUCACGGUCAACAUCUCAAUGGCCGUCCGUUACACAAUCCAAGUAAUUGGUGCCAUCAUCCUUUUGUUUAUUACAAAUUGGAAGUUGACAUUGGUCAUGCUUGGAGUGAUCCCUGUGAUCAUAAUAUCAGCCGUGUUCUACGGCAAGAAGGUUAAGCUGCUUGGAAAGCAGUUCCAACAAGUGCUCGCCAACAGCUCUACAACCGGUGAGGAGGUCAUCAGUAACAUUAGAACUGUCAAGGCAUUCUCCAAAGAGGACAAGUUUGUCAACAUUUAUGCAAAGGAUGUACAUCAGAGCUAUUUGAUUGGAAAGACUCUGGCACUGGCGUCAGGUAUUUUCUCUGGUAGUGUAUUCUUGGUUGCUCAGUUGGCCAUUGUUAUGAUUGUUUAUAUUGGAGCCAAGCAGGUGUUUGAUGGCACGACUACAACUGGCAACUUGACAUCAUUCCUUCUCUACACAUUGACUGUGGCCAUGUCUUUGGCAUUCAUCAGCAGCUUGUUUGGUGACUUUAUGCAGUCUGUCGGAGCAUCCGAUCGUAUCUUUGAGUUGAUGGACCGUGUGCCAGCCAUCCCCACGUCGGGCGGCGAGCGUCUGCCUCUGCCCGUCGGAGAGAUCGAGCUGAAGGACGUCGACUUCACCUACCCAACCAGAACAACACAGGUGCUCAAGAACAUCAACAUCAAGUUGGUCAGCGGCACGGUCACUGCGCUGGUCGGACCAUCUGGCGGUGGCAAGUCGACCAUCGUCAGUCUGAUCGAGCGUUUCUACGAUCCCAUCAAUGGUUCAAUCACAUUCGAUGGCGUCAACAUCAAGACCUUGGACCCAAGGUGGUACCGAGCCAUCCUUGGUUUCGUCAGCCAGGAGCCACUGCUCUUUGCCGGCACUGUCAAGGAGAACAUCUCGUUCGGUGUGGAGAACGCCAGCAUGGACUCCAUCAUCGAUGCCGCCAAGAAGGCCAAUGCCCACCACUUUAUCAACGAGUUUGAAAAGGGCUACGACACUGUUGUUGGCGAGCGCGGUGUUCGUCUGUCUGGUGGCCAGAAGCAGCGUGUUGCCAUCGCUCGUGCCCUGUUACUGAAUCCCAAGGUACUUCUGCUGGACGAGGCCACAUCUGCGCUGGACGCCGAGAGUGAGUACCAGGUCAAGGAGGCCAUCGACCGAUUGAUGGUCAACCGAACUGUGCUGGUGAUUGCACAUCGUCUAUCCACCGUGGUCAAUGCCACGUCUGUGCUGGUAGUCAAUCAAGGAGAGAUCCAAGAGAGAGGUACACACGAUUCGCUCAUCAAGGACGAAGGUGGAAUCUAUUACAACCUUGUAAAGAGACAACUGUCAUCAAACUAA